AAUUUCUUGCAAUCUGAUCAUUCACUUCUUAUCAUGUACACCAACAACCUCCAUGAAUAACGAUACCUUCAACCAUGGAUGCCUCCUCUGCAUUAUUCAGAAUUUCGCAUCUCAAUCAUCUUCCCUCCAUCGUCAAUCACACCCACAGAUCUAAUUCCUUCUCCAUUAAACACUUAAGUUACAAUCCCUUUAAAGUGGAGAGCAACAGAAUCGAAGUUGGUUUUGACGAAUCCGCUUACGAGGCCGAGAGGCUUCGUCUCGAUGCUAAAGCAAGAGAAUCCAUGGCGGAAGAGUUAGACAGAAACGAUAACGAUCCAAAAGCCUGGAAAUGGAUCAUCCGGAAGAGGAUUUGGGAUUUGAUGGAGGCUCGAAACAUUGCUCAGUUUCCACGACCUGUUCAUCAUCGGAUCCCUAAUUUCGUUUCUGCUUCCAUUGCUGCUAACAAAUUGAGUAUGCUGGAGGUGUUUCUAAAGGCUAAAUGUGUGAAGGUCAAUCCUGAUACACCUCAAAAGCAAGUCAGAUUCCUGACACUCAAUGGUGGGAAGCAGCUACUUACUCCCCAGCCUCGGUUAAGGACCGGAUUUUUUUCUAUACUUGAAUCAAAUUCAUUAACCCCUAGUACCAUGAAUGAGGCAUGCACUUCCGUUGGGGUUGCGAAAUAUGGAAGGCCCAUUGGAUUACAUGAGAAGAUCAAGGUGGACCUUAUUGUCGUUGGCUCGGUUGCCGUUGAUCCGAAAACUGGAGCUCGACUUGGCAAGGGUGAGGGAUUUGCAGAACUUGAAUACGGAAUGCUGCGUUACAUGGGAGCAAUUGACGACUCAACACCAAUCGUUACAUCUGUGCACGAUGAACAACUAGUAGACGAUAUCCCAGUUGAGAAGCUCCUAAUCCAUGAUGUCCCUGUUGACAUCAUAUGCACUCCGACCCGAGUUAUUUUCACCAACACAUCCAUCCCGAAACCUCAAGGUAUUUACUGGGAAAAACUGUCACCUGAGAAGCUGAGUCAGAUCAAAAUCCUUAGACAAUUGAAAGCUAAAAUUGAAAAAGAAAGUGGGGAGAAACUUCCCACUGGCCCUUCUGAGAAACUGCCUCCUACUGCUCAAAGAAAACAAAGGCAGCGAUAGUUUCUUCAUCUUCACAUAUGAAUAUGAAUGAUUGCAAGGAUGUAUGUAUUACGUAUGCAUAUAUAUAAGUUAUCAACAUUCAAAUAGAGGAUAGAUCGAUGCACAUCCCACCUCCUAAACCCCACCUUUGGGAGUUCGUUCGGUUUAGUUUCAUUUAUAAGUCACCGUUUGUGUAUAUUGCUUGCAUUUGCUUGUGAUGCUUCUAUAA